AUGAAAUCCGAAGCACACCUAGACAUCGUGAUCGUCGGCGCCGGCCUCAGCGGCCUCGCAACCGCCAUCUCCUGCGCCGCCAGCGGACACAGCGUGCAAGUCAUUGAGCAAGCCAAAGAGCUCGCAGAAGUCGGCGCGGGCCUGCAAAUCACGCCCAACGCCUCCCGCCUCUUCCGGCAUUGGAAUCUCCCCGCCUCAGUCUGGGCGUCUGCCGCCGAGCCGACAGCUAUGACCGUGCACCGGUACACGGGCGAGGUGCUCGCACACGAGAGCAACUACGACAAGAACAUCCGCGCCAAGUACGCCGGCGCACCGUUCAUCGACAUGCACCGGGUCGACCUACAGCAGGCGCUGUACGCGCGCGCGCGAGAGCUCGGCGUCGCCUUCCAUUUCGAUGAGCGGGUCGAGCGCAUCGACUGCGCGUGCCACCCGGCGACGCUGACCACGCGGGCCGGCCGCGAGUACCGUGGCGAUCUGAUCGUCGCGGCGGAUGGUCUGUGGUCGCGGUGUCGCGAGUGUUUUGUCGGCCGCAAGGACGACCCGCUGCCGACGGGGGAUCUGGCGUAUCGGAUUGUGCUGGACGCGGCGCAGAUCGAGGACCCUGAGCUGCGCGGGUGGGUCGAACACCCCGAGUGCCAUAUUUGGAUCGGGCCCGGCGCGCAUGCCGUGGCGUAUUCACUGCGCGGGGGAAAGAUGUUGAAUAUUGUGUUGCUGGUGCCGGAUAAUCUGCCGCCGGGCGUGUCGCGGCAGCCCGGGUCGGUGGAGGAGAUGCGGGCGCUGUUUGCGGGAUGGGAUCCGGUGCUGACGCGGUUUCUGAGCUACGUGGACACGGUGGACAAGUGGAAGCUGAUGCAUCACGGUGAGAUGGAGUCGUGGAUCAACGAAGAGUCCAAUCUGGUCUUUGUCGGCGACUCGUGCCAUCCCAUGCUGCCGUAUCUGGCGCAGGGGGCCAACUCGUCGCUCGAGGACGGCGCCGUGCUCGGCGGGCUGUUGGGCCACAUGCAGGACAAGGCGCAGCUGCCGCAGAUUCUGCGUCUGUACGAGGGCCUACGCAAGUCGAGGGGCGAGGCCAUCGUGCGUGAGACCUUCAAGCAGCGCAACGACUUCCACAUGCAGAAUGGCCCCGAACAGGAAAGGCGAGACGAGAUCUUCCUCUCCCAGCUGGGCAAGGAAAUCAAGGGCGCGUUCCCCAGUCGAUGGACCUGCCCCGAGGUGCAACCGUGGCUGUACGGGUACGACGCGGUCCAGGAGGUGGAAAACGCCGUGGCGCAGAAUCCUGCCCUGUUCUCGAAGCCGACAGCCAACCUAUAG